CUGGCUUUGGACGCCAUCAAAACAAGUUCCUUAUGGGACUGGUGGAUGGGGUGGGAGACCUCUCCCAGUCCAAUCCAGACGAGCGCAUAAGGCGUAUUUUCCGUCUCGGAUGCAGCAGCAGUAGCAAAAGCAGCAGCAGCAGCAUCCUUUCAGACGCUCUGUUUCACAGCCGGAGUCAGAGCGUCUCAGGAUGCUGCCGGAACGACAGAACCAGCUCAGCUGUCCAAGACACAACACACCUCUGUUCGGUUAAACAAACCAGGGUUUAUCCUGCAUGGGAUCAGAUUUAAACCACAUCGGGUGUGGGAAUCACUUUUCUUUUUACUGAUUGCUUCCUUUUCAUCGGAUUAUGGGAGUCGUCGGCACGGAUGCAACUCCUCAUCGGCUCCAGAAGUUGGACAGUCCCAUCUCUUGGUCUGGACAUUAUUUUAAAAGGUGCACACCUAGAUGUGGUGAUCAACACGUGGCUCUUAGAUGAAAGGCACCUUUUAUCCAUCUGAGGCAUGAAGGGAUAUUGAUCUCCGAGCUGCAGCCUGGCUGGUACCGAUUAUUUACAGUAAUGGAAUGAAGAUCCUAGCCUGAGAUAAUGGAUGAGAGAUCCAGUAAGCUCAUUUUGGUCCCUGUCUUAGCUGUUCUUUUUGUUAUGAUUGGGUACCAGUACAUUUGUCCCGCGGGCAGCAAUUCGUGCCACUUGAAGUCCGACGAGAGGUUCAGAGGGGUGAGUCUGCUCUCCUACCCCUACCAGGAUGAUGACUUCUACAUAGAUCAGGACCUGGACGAGGACAGUCCUCCAAAGCAUCCGUCCAAGUUCAACUUCUCAGAAAGAGACCUGGACAGGCACGUGGAGUUCAACAUCAAAGGGGACGACGUGAUCGUGUUCCUGCACAUCCAGAAGACAGGGGGGACCACUUUCGGGCGCCACUUGGUGAGGAAUAUCCGACUGGAGCAGCCGUGCGACUGCAAGCCGGGGCAGAAGAAGUGCACCUGUCACCGGCCGGGGAAGGAGGAGUCCUGGCUCUUCUCCCGGUUCUCCACCGGCUGGAGCUGCGGUCUGCACGCAGACUGGACCGAGCUCACGAACUGCGUGCCUGUCGUUAUGGACAAGAAGGACGCCCAGAGGAAUAAAAGGAACUUCUACUACAUCACCAUGCUGCGUGACCCGGUCUCCCGCUACCUGAGCGAAUGGAAACACGUCCAGAGAGGAGCCACGUGGAAGACAGCUCUGCAUAUGUGUGACGGACGCUCGCCCACCCAGGAAGAGCUGCCAACCUGCUACAGCGGCGAUGACUGGUCUGGCGUCACCCUCAAAGAGUUCAUGAACUGCCAGUCCAACCUGGCGAAUAACCGCCAGGUCCGCAUGCUGGCUGACCUGAGCCUGGUGGGCUGCUACAACCUGUCCUCCAUGAACGAGAGUCAGCGCAACCACAUCCUCCUGAGCAGCGCCAUGAGCAACCUGAAGAACAUGGCCUUCUACGGCCUUACAGAGUUCCAGCGAAAGACGCAGUACCUGUUUGAGCGGACGUUCAGCCUGCGUUUCAUCGCCGCUUUCACGCAAAUCAACAGCACGCGGGCGGCCAACGUGGACCUGAGCGAGGUGGUGCGCAGGCGGAUCGAGGAGCUCAACUUCUUGGAUGUGCAGUUGUACGAGUAUGCCAAGGACCUGUUUCUCCAGCGGUUCCAGUUCACCCGCCAGAGGGAGCACCAGGAGGUGCGCUUUAAGCGUCGCGAGGAGAGACGCUGGUUGAGAGAGCAGGGCAGGCCGUGGCCUUCCAAACGCAAAGCGAGCGGGAAAAGAGGAGGAGGGUUAGGGAAGGGACCUGAGAGUGACAUGCCCACCACCACCGAGGACUACACAAGCCAGGUGGCCCGUUGGUGAGGUCUCAUCCACGAAGAGGAUUGGAUGAAGAUUCCCAAUGCUUUCCCUGACUCUCACUUACUGAUCGGAGGUUUUCUCUUUGUGUCUCCCCGUUAAUCUCAUGCGUCUAUCUGUUUGAGUGCUCUGCUUUUUCUUUAUUUAAAAGAAAAUGCUGUGUGUGUGUGUAUGCAUGCGUGCGUGCGUGCGUGCGCGUAUCUUUCAGCAACUCUAAAGAGAGUUCUUGUCUUUUUUUAUUUAACUGUUGCCUUAGUCGGUUUUAAUUUGAAGAAUGACAAAAAACUGAAUGGAUCAGCUCAGUUUUGAAUGUCAUUAAAGUCAUUGACUGUGUUCAGAUGGUUCUCGAUCCACUGCUAUUGUUUUUUUAAAGGACCCCUGACAUUAUAAAUUAUAACGCAUAAGCUUUGACGACAGUAUUCCAAAGUGAAACGGUGUCUUUUUGUGUUGAUUUGCACAGUAGUAGAAGAUAAAAACAAAGCUUUUUAACCCUGGCCGAGUUUUACAGUCAGACUGAAUAAAGUAGGCAUGUAUUCACAGGCAGAUUAAUAAGGGCUGCAUUCCAUUUAGAGAAACCUUUGCUUGCUGGAACACCCAGCCCACAGGUGCAGAAGUGGGAGGAAGCCCUGUUUAAUACACCUUACUUACAUUUUCAAGUCAAAAUGUCUGCUGUGAAAUAGGCUGAUGGUUAAAUCCAAUUCAUAUCCGACUUGCUGUCACGUUGAGAGCGGGAGGAGGUUAGGACCCAAGAUGCAGAACACCAGAUGACACGAGGCAGGAGCGAAUGUAAAAAGUAAAGUCCUUGAUGGUGAACCAAAAUCCAAAGGGGCAGGAAGCCAAGAUUAGUAACUAAAACACUGAACUGCAAAGCAAAGCUCACUUCACGAGCAGAGACCUAGAGACCUAGUGGGGGACAAAACAACGCUGACAAACAACAAUGGGCCGACAACACUGAGAAACACAGACAGGGUUAUAUACACAGGGGCCGGGUGGUAGGAGACGAGGGGCAGGUGUGUGGGGAAUUGGCAAGUGGUGCUCGCUGCAGAACCACAAAGGCGGAGCUGCACCAGAAGGUGGAGCUGCACCAGAGUCAGCCCCGCCCAUUCCAGAAUCAGCCCCGCCCAUUCUAUCGGAGUCAGUCCAAUUCCUUCCAGUUGUCAGACUUUAUAGCAUUCUGGAACCAAAGAGGGUGUUAUAGCUAAAAAUGCAAGAUUGAGGAGGGAGUUGAGAAGUGAAUUGAACAGUUUUUGUAAAGGUUCCAUAUAAUUAAAAAUCUAACUUUUGGAACUUUUAAUCAUGUUAUAUUGUCAUUUCCUCAUAAGAAACACGCCAAAGCCAUUUUUGGCCUCAUUCAUGCAUUUUCUUCCCAUCUCAGCUUCAAUUUGGUCUCCUCCCCCAAAGCGGGUCUGGUCUUGGUUCUCAAAUCUGGAUAUUCUGUGAAUUUUCUGACAAAUUAUUUCUGAAAUGACUUCUACUGAGACACCGCCAGAAAAAUCAUACAUCCCAUCUACAAAGACACACCAAAUAAGAUAAUAAAACGUAACGCCACCUAUUGCUUAUCAGAUGUGGUGGUGUAGUGGUGAUGGUGUCAGGUUGACAUGCAGUUUUGUGCAGGUUCGCCUCUCAGCAGUGGAAAUAUUCUAUAAUCUCUUUUCCUCAUUUCUAGCUACACUUGCCAGUACUAUGAUUACAACAAUUUAUCGGUAUACCGUUUAACAUAUAAUGACUAAUGUGUUUUUUUUAUUUAUUCAUUCGUUUAUUUAGCCAGUGUGAGUCCAUCUGUGAGCAGAGUUUCAACUAAAAUGCUGUUUAGGAACGACCAAAUUCAAAGAACUUGUAGAGACAUAAAUAUUUUGCUGAAAAUGAACAUUACAACAAAAAUAUGAACAAAUUAAAUGUUUCAGCUGGCUGAACAGAUUGUUGCCGACCCCACCGAGAAUCGAACCAGCAUCAGCUGAGGGGAAAGCAAAACAUAAGUCAGACGAUCUUGCCACUAGACUACCAGAACCCACAGGGAGUGGGUAUAUGCUGUUGUACAGGACGUUUGUUAGAGCGGCUGUGGGCAGAUAUUCGCUACGAGAAACCUUUUUAUUUCGGGAUAUAUUCAGACUUUGUCAUGUAGCAAGUUAUAUUUAUCUUGUUUAAUUGGAGCACAGAACAUAGCAUUAACGACUGUAAACUAGUAACAGCCGUAAUUCAUGUGGGUCAGGUCAGUUUGCGAUAAAGUUGAAAACAAAAACGGAAGUCAGUGGGCUAGGCUGAGUUUGCGUGAAUGGGCGGGGUUGACUCUGGUGCAGCUCCACCUUAUGGUGCAGCUCCGCCUUUGUAGUUCUGCAGCGAGCACCCUCUCGGAAUUGGGCACAGGUGAAACUAAUGAACUGAGGGGAGAAGCAGAAAUAAGCAGGGGAGAAAACCAAAUCUAAUCCUGCAAACCAAGCUACUAAAAUGACCCUAACUUCACUUAAACAUAGUAGAACAAAGACACAGGGAGAUCUAAAACUAAGUAAAUGAAUGAUCUAAGUGGGGAGGGGAACACACACACUAAAGGAGACUAAAUAACUGAAAUUCUAAACCUAAAGUGGCGAGAGUGGAGAACAUGAGGGGAACCUGGAGGGGGCUGGGGACCACAGGGACACAGAACAGGACAGUUGUAAGUAGUUCUUUGAACAACCUCAGUUUGUAAAACUCGAGACGAAUGUGAACUGGUUAGACAAGCCAAUGGCUAAUCUUGCUAGGCUAUUUUGAGUCAUUCAGUCCGGUUAUUUGCAUGUUUUAAAAUUCAUAGUUUUACACUUCCUGCAGAGUUAUCAUAUUUCUGACAAAAUUAUAACAGUUUGGCUCCGCCCCCUCAUGCUGGACACCAGUUUGGUCACAUUUUGCUGUGUUGUUAAUUUAAUGGAAAGACAUUACAGUUUUAAAGCUGACUAAUUAAAGUGAAAUAAUUAUUCUCAAAGGGCAUUUUAAACAAAGAAUUAAUAAACCAAUCAAAAUAUGUAUUUCUUCUAAGCUUGUUUCUCUAAACUGAGGUUGUUCAAAACAUCUACAACAGGUAAGAUUGUAACUUUUUAUAUUCUUCAUCUUAACUGUUGUUGGUUUAAGUUAAAACCAGUUAAUUAGUUAAUAAAGGUAAAUCCUGGAAUGCACCGAUGUGAAAAUGUGGGCCAAUAUUGAUAAACAAUAUUAUUAUUAUUAUUGUUUUUGUUUUUGUGGCCAAUAACCAAUAUUUAUGAUUUUAUAUUAAUACACUAAUUUUGAAAUAAAUAGCUUAAAUACAUACACCCUCAAAAUAUCAGUUGUUAAUAUUGGCCCAGGUUUAUUUAUCGGACCAACACUGACAUGUUCAAAAAUGACUGAAUAGCACUCCAAGCAAAUGCCAUAAAGUAAAAUAAGUUCUGAUCAUUAUGUUUGUGAGUCAUCGCUGGUUAUGCUCACUUCUUUGUAAAUUUUACAGAACAGCAGGGAACGGGUGUUAAAGAUUAUUUAAAACAGUUCCUUUCUGAAAGUUGCAGAACUGUUGCAUGUCACACAUCCACGGAAAACUGCUGGGAGAGAGUUCCUAAAGAUGUACAGACUCAGUAAAGGUCCAAGUUAUGCUUCUCAGCUCUUCAUUUGAAAUGACAAACUAUUUAAAAAUAAAUUCAUGUUUCAAACUUUAUUUCUAUCGUGACUUUUUUGUAAUAAAAUGUCAAGUAGAGUCUAGAAAAAGUCAGAAAACAGAAAACUUCCCCUGCUACUUAUUUAAGAUGCUGUAGCUGUAUUAUACCCGGUUGAGAGCAUCGUGUUUUAUGUCAGGAGAGUAAAAGUAUUUAAAGGAAUAGACCACAUUAGUUCUGGAAGAUCUUGAGUGUUGUUUUUAUAUAUUUUUUGUUUGACCUUGUAAACUUUUACAUGUCUGACACACAAGUAUGGAAGCCCAUUCCUGCCACUCUGAUUUAAAAUGUGUUUUUAUUUAUAUAGUGAGAUAGCUAAGUCAUAACAGAUAGCUAAGUUAUAAUUAUGAGUUAGUAUCAUAAUACUAACUUGACAUCAGACUGGAAUGUGAGACAAAUUUUUUUUAUCGGCGUGGCAGGAAUGGACGUCCAUAUAAGAAGCUCGACAAACAUUUGACUUUCAACCUUUAAAGUGUAGACAUGAAUUUAUGUAAAAGCAUUUAUUUUUUUGGCCCAAAUGUAAUUCUUUUUUUUUUUUUUUUUUGCAAAAGAAAACAAAGUUUUUUAUGGUUUACUUUUUGUUAAAACAGAAGCAAGAGAAUUACAUUUGCGGCAUAUUUCAUUAUUUUUUUUACACUUUACAUUUAUUUUAAAGAAGUGCCCUAAUGUGAACACAGAUCUACAUUAAUGAGCAUGCAUGCGUGCGUGUGCACACUUACACUUUUCGUCAAAAGCAAACAAAUUUUUCAUUGUACGCCUGGUCGUUUUGCAUGCACAACUCGUCUUCUGGACUAAAUCCUUCCCAAAAAAAUGUUUUUUCUGAAGUGCAAUAUUUUCCUUAACCCUUUUCUCAAAGGCAGACAGCGUUGAACAAAACGUCUUUCAUCUUUUCUUGUAAAUUUAGUCAAGAAUUUUGUCUGUCGUUGCGAUAAAAAUCAACAAAAACAUGUUUUUUUGCAGCAAGAGUUGAUAAACAGUUGAUAAAUCCUACAGGUGAUGAAACGUGUCGGUGCGGCCCGUACACGUGCUGAAUGUGAAUGAGACGAUCAGCAUUCAGCUCUCCUGCCCCUCCCUGUCACACUGGCUGCUUUUUACAUAUUUGCAGAGCUGACGGCAAACUGCACUGUGGGCAGCAGAAGCGCGCUGACAAACACCAGCAGAGCGCCAGGAUUCAAAGGCGAGCCUCGAAGCAGAUAAGUGGAGGAAAAAUAAAACAUUUCUGUCAAUUCCCACCUCCUGAUAGCUCCCAGUACCUCAAAGAUUGUUUCAUGUGUGGCCUUUAGUGGCCAUGGUGCUUUAAUGUGUCUUAUCUCACGUUCACUCACAACAAACACUCACGUAUCAAAUGUACACUAAAAUGUCAACGCUGAAGCCAGAUAACUGCUGCUAAUGUUGGUGCAAUUUGUCAUGUUUUUUUUAUUUUUUUUGCUUUUCCUGUGGUUGCUCUUACAUCCUGAAAUGCCUCGCAAAGCAAGCUUUUCUUUCAUUUCGUUCUGUGUUGUUUGAAUGAUUCAUCGAACCGCCGCGAUGAAAGGGCUGAAUGGAUAUCGGUUUGGUGUUUACGUGCUCCUGCACGGGCGUGAUCAGUGGAAAGAUGGAGGAGGAGAGAAAGAAGGUGUGUGUUGCACGUUUUUAAGCA